AUGUGCUGCUGUUCGAAGAAAUACUCCAACACCGCCAAAAAGCUAUGGGCAUUUGGUGGUGUCGUGGCAAUCUUUGUGGCGGCUGCCUUCUUCGGGUUUGGUCUACCAGCCAUCAUUGAUGCCGUGGCUCUAACGGAAUUCCGCAUCAAGGAGGGUGCCCGCGUGUACGAGAACUUCUUCGAUGGUGAGGUGCCGAUCUUUUUCGAUAUCUACCUGUUCCAUUGGACCAAUCCGGAGGAGAUCCGGAACCCAGACGUGCGGCCAAACUUUGUACAGAUGGGACCGUACGUCUUUUCCGAGCGUCAUGAGCGGGGUAUGGUAUCGUUCAAUGCAAACGAUACGAUCACCUUCAACCAGAAACGCAUCUGGCAUUACAUUCCCGAACAAUCCAAUGGGGAUUAUCUCACCGACCGUGUUACUACACUUAAUCCAAUUCUAGCGACCGUCGGCAAAACGUUGGAAGGAGAUCCUCUACUACCACUGCUUGAUGGUAUCAUCAUGGCGAAUAAUCUUGCCGAAUUUCUAUACGAAGAUGUGCCCGUGCGUGAGAUGCUGUUCGAUGGACAUCCUGACGAAUUGUUGACUACGUUACGAGAUUUGCUUGGCGUAUUACCGCCAGGCACUGUGCCAGACAUCAACUUGCCACCCUGGGAGGGUUUCGGUUGGUUUGUGGAGCGCAACGAAAGUCUCACCUAUGACGGAACGUUCCAGAUGGGCACGGGUACCGAUAAUCGCAUCAACACGGGCGUAUUACGCCAGUGGAACAAUGCCCCCCAGGUGCCCAACUAUCGUGGCUUCUGCGGACAGGUGCGCGGGUCGGCAGGUGAAGUGUGGCCACCGAUGGGGCGUAAUUUGGACGGCGACAACAUUCCACCGCUAAACAUCUUUCUGCCGGAUUUGUGCAGUGCGAUAACACUGCGUCACGAGCGUGAGUUUACCGUGCACGGACUGGAUGGAGAGCUGUGGGUUGGAGAUGCGCGCAACUUCGACAACGGACACACGAUUCCGGAAACGGAAUGCCAGUGCACAUCUCCUGUCGACCAGUGCCCCUUCUAUCGGCCCGGUGUGCUCGAUGUGUCGGAGUGCAAGUUCGGUGCCCCGCUAGUUGUUAGCUAUCCACAUUUCUAUCUCGCCCAUCCCAGCUACCGAACUGCCGUGACUGGAAUGGAUCCUGACAAAGCCAAACACGAAUUCCGUUUCGCAUUGCAUCCAUUUUCAGGAAUUCCUAUGACCGCUAAUGGUCGCAUCCAAUAUAACAUGCAUCUCAGAGAUAAUGGCUUGGCUUUGUUCCAAGGCGUACCAGAUAUUAUUAUUCCCGCGUUCUGGAUAGAACAACGCAUGGUCCUUACUGAAGACAUAGCUGAUGAUCUUAAACUAAUCGAAAACCUUAGAUGGGGUUUCAUCUAUACAUCAUUCGCUCUAUGUGGGGUGGGUGCUUUACUCCUUGGAUUAUCGCUUUACGCGGCGUUCUUCGUGUGGAAAGACUAA